GAGUAUUCACCUUGUCAUCUGCCAACGUUUCCUUGUUCGGAGGAGUAUGAAGCAGCAUCGCCGACUUCCACUGAACCAUUGGAUUGGGACCAACCAGUCCAAUUCAUCCUUUCACUCAUCGGCUAUUCUGUCGGUCUGGGCAGUAUUUGGCGUUUUCCUUACAUUGUCAUGAUCAAUGGAGGCGGUGCAUUUCUCGUGCCCUACCUCAUCUUCUUGCUCUUUUGUGGCAUUCCUUUCUGCUACAUGGAAUUCACUCUGGGUCAGUUUACUGGCUUGAAGGACACUGCUCCUCCAAUGUCCUCAGCGUGUAACGGGUGUGACGCCAUUGCAGGUGUGGGAUGGUCGAUGCUGCUCGUGUCUGGUGUGCUUUGCAUCUACUACAACAUCAUUAUGGCUUGGGUCAUCUUCUACUUCAUGCAUUCAUUUCAAUGGCAGCUGCCGUGGAUAUCCUGCAACAAUUCAUGGAACACUCCAACCUGCUUCUCCUACACCCAAACGGUAGUCGAUAUUGUCUUGUUGAGAUGGAAGAUGUGGUCAGGUUUAAGAUGCUCGACUUUGGAAUUUUGGAAUCAUCGGGUGCUAGAAAUAUCAGCAAGCAUUGACGAGGUGGGUGGAGUAAAUUGGAACCUCUUCGGAUGCAUGCUCGCCGCCUGGGUGGUCACAUUCAUGUGUCUUUUCAAGGGCAUCAAGUCAAGCGGUAAGGUUGUCUACGUCAGCGCUCUCGCCCCCUACGUCUUCUUAACAGUGCUCGUGAUUCGUGGAGUUACUCUGCCUGGCGCCUCCAUCGGUUUGCAGUUCUACCUCAAACCGCACUGGCAACAACUCAAGUCUGUCAAGGUAUGGCUUGCUGCAGUGCAGGUGUUCUACUCCCUCGGUCCAGCCUGGGGCGGUCUCAUCACAAUGUCCUCCUACAACCAGGUAAUGCCGACCCAUGCCUUCUUCAGAGAUGCAGUUAUUCUCUCGGUGGUCUGUGGUGGAACGAACAUAUUUUGCGGCUUGGCAGUCUUCUCCGUCACCGGUCACAUGGCCUACCAGACGAGGAGCAAGAGCGUAACCUCGCUAAUGCUGACAGGUCCCGGUCUCGCCUUCAUUGCCUAUCCAGAGGCUCUGGGACAAAUUCCUGGUGCUGCUAUCUGGACUGUCCUCUUCUUCGCCAUGCUCUUCACACUCGGUCUUGAUUCCCAGGUAAAGUAUCAACUCGAAUUCGCCUUUUUAUUUCAGGCCGGUGUGUACUUCUUCCAAAUUUUUGAUUGGUACGGCACCCCAAUCAGCAUCUCCAUCAUCGCCACGCUCGAGGUUAUCGCUUUGUCUUAUUUCUACGGUGGGAGGAGGCUGUUCACAAAUGCCGAGACAAUGCUGGGGCCUCGUGCCAAGCUGACACGCAUCGUUUGGGUGAGCAUAUGGUACAUUGUGACACCCUGCUUCACCUUCUUCAUCUUCGUCACAAUAAUCCUCGACUACACACCACCCAAAUUCAAUAAUGGGCAGCCGUUUCCACAAUGGGCCACCAUUGCGGGUUGGUGUCUCGCCUCGAUUUCGCUCAUUCCAAUACCUCUUCUGGCCCUCAUGGAGACGUACCGAAACCGACACAAUUUGGAGGAGAGAGUGAGCAGGCAAGGCACGAGCAUAGAAAUCUCUUUUCUUGUGUUCAGCUGUUUAGACCGACACGAGAGUGGGAGAAGGCGUGUGAAUGGCGCUGUGUGA